AUGACUGUCGUCGAGUCAGUGAAGAGCGCUGUGGGCCUCGGGGAGACCUCCGCUACCCGUCAGGAGAUGUCCGAUGCCCGCCUCCCCAUGCAAUACCGUGAUUCAUGUGCACACCUCUUGAUUCCUCUGAACCGCUGCCGACAAGCAGAGUACUACCUUCCAUGGAAGUGUGAGACUGAGCGCCACACUUACGAGAAGUGCCAGUACGACGAGUUCAAGAAGCGCGUUGCUAAGAUGGAUGAGCUCCGGGCUGCCAAGGACGGUGCCCGUAGCAACUAA